UUUUUUUCACUCUCUCUCUCUUUUCACGAUUCCAUUAUCUCUCUUGUUUUCUCUGUAAGAAAAAACAAAACCCUAAGAAUGCCUUCGUUGAACGUAUCAGAGUGCACAAUGAGGAAAAGAGGAACAAAGAGAAAGAUUGAAAUUGAGAAACGCUUCACUAAACAACAACGAUCGGUGGCUUGCAGCAAACGCCGUCCAACACUCUUCUCCAAAGCCGCUGAUCUCUGUCUUCUCUCCGGAGCCAACAUCGCCGUCUUCGUAACCUCUCCGGAUGAAAACUCCGACGUUGUUUACUCCUUCUCCGGCUACUCUCCUGCCUCUGAGAUUGCUGAUUGUUACCUCAACGGCAAGUCUCCUCCCAAGAUUACUAACCCUCAAUCCAAGUUAGGGUUUUGGUGGGAAGACCCUGAUCUCUACCGUUAUUGUGAUGAUCUCUCUGAGUUAAAGAUCAUCGAGGAUCGUAUGAUGAGAACGAGGAAGCAUCUGAUGGAUUGUCUCGAGAAGAAAGAAAAAUCACAAUUUGUUUCGAAAACCGAUCAAAACCCUAACACCACCGACGAGAUAUUCAAUAAUGGUGGGUCUUCUUCUUGUUCUUCUCAAAUUGCUUCUGAUUUAGGUCAAAACCCUAGCACCUCUUCUCCGUCUUCCUCACACAUUGUUUCUUUUGAUCAGAACUCUUAUUCCUCCCUUGAGAAGAUGUAUGGCGAGCCUACGUCGUCACAAGUAACUUGUUUUGAUCAAAACCCUAUCUUCUCUGUUGGCGGCGAGUCAUCAUGUGAUCAUCAAUCUCUUUACUUGGUGAAUGAAGAUCCUGGGUUUGUUAACUGCUUAUGUGAAACAGAGGAGGAGAAUAACGGAAUGAGUGUAGCCCAAGAAACACAAACACAAUCAAUGCUCAAUGAAGAUCAGAGCUUUUGGGAAAACCUACUUAAAGAUGAUGACAACGUAUUUGGUCUUCUUAACGACAACAACCUUGAGGUUCCUCUUCAAAAUCAUUCCCAAACCAACGAAGAAGAAGACGAGUUUAUGAUCGAUAUCAGUGAAUUCUUAAGCGAAGAAGAAGAAUUCGAAUGGCCCCUGUUUUAGUUAGUUCUCAGUUCAUAACAGCUUGAUUAAGCACGAGUUAAUUAGGGAAUUAAUAUAUCUUUAAACCCUAACUUGAUCUGUUCAUUAGGUAAUUACCAUUUUUUGUUGAUGUGUGUAACGAUCUCUAGAUUCAUGUUGUUUAUUGUUUUUCAUCUUCGAUUUAUAUGAAAACCAUUUUCUAUAAGAUUUUGUUAUGUCGUCGAAAUUGAGAAUAAUAGAGUUUCUUGAUG